AUGACUAGUUUGGAGGUGGUCGCUACUGUUAAGAAUACAAAACAUUCUACUACUAACUGGUUAAAAAAAUUUAAUGAUCAUUGCAAAGAAUAUGUAUUGAAUAGUAAUAUUGAUAUUAUUUCAGAUCAAAAACAGCUUGAAUCAAAUUUGGUACACUUUUUUUCUUAUGCAAAAUGUGCUAAUAAAGAAGAAUACUCUAUGAAUUCAGUUCUAUUAGCAAUAGCCGCUUUUCAACAUUAUAUUACUGAAAAAUCACCAUUGAAAGGAAUUAAUCUUUGUGAUAAGCAGCAAUUUCCAACUCUUAAUACACUUCUAAAUAGAAUGAUUAAAUGGCUUAGCACUAAAUGCAAAGGUGAAACAAAGGGCUCUGAAUCUCUUACUCUCGAUGAAUGUCUUCAUAUUUUAAAACAUAACUCUAUUAAUGAAAAUUCUGAAGAUAAACAUGUUGAAGAAAAAAGGCUUAGAACAUAUCUUCGUUACAUUGUAAUUGCAUCUGAAAUUGAUAUAUCUAAUCAUAGAAUAACAAAUCAAAGUAAAUGUAAAACAACAAUUCAAUUAUUAAAAUCAUUUGAGGCUAGUGAUUAUGAAUAUAUGGCAAUCACUCGGCAUAAGUCUCAAACAGAUCAAGUUAAUCCAUUACUUAAUAAAAAAGCAAUACUUAUAACAUCUACUGCUACUACUACACAAGCAACUAGUGCAACACCAACUUUUCAAACUGCUAAAAAAAUAUUGCAAGAUUCUCAACUUAAUAAUAUUGAAAGUGUCACUUUAUCUACUAAAUCUUUACAUGAAUUAUUUGAAAAAUUUAAUAAAUUAUCUCAAGAAACUAUCUAUAAUAAUUCUAAUAUUACAUAUCAUAUUCACCACCAUCAUUAUUACAAUACAUCACCUUCACAAUAA